UCCAUUCAUCAUCUGGAAAGAAUCCUGAGAAACUUCACACCACCACACUCUCUCUCUCCGUCCCCCUUUGCAUUUAUCCACAACAAUCACGCGAACGCACACAUUCUAGUGUGUGGAUAUUCGUUUUGAGAUUUUCUUUGCCAUGGCUGUUGUGCUCGAAAGCCUCGCUGUCCCACGCGCCUCCGCGCUUCCUUCGGCUUCUUUGGCUCCGGUGGCCGGAUCCUCCGUUGCUCGCCGGAGCUACGUCAGAUUCUCGGAGUUCAGAGGCCUUAAGCUCCAGACUGCCCGAUCAUCAGUUUCGAUGAGUUUUGGAUCCAGACCUCAUUAUCGUAGUGGUCGAAUCGUGUGCGAGGCGCAAGAAACAGCUGUUGAAGUGCCUGCUGUCACUGAUUCAAGUUGGCAGCCUCUUGUACUCGAGUCUGAUUCACCUGUUCUGGUUGAAUUUUGGGCACCUUGGUGUGGUCCAUGCCGCAUGAUCCACCCUGUAAUUGAUAAACUGGCUAAGCAAUAUGCUGGAAAGCUCAAAUGUUACAAGGUCAACACCGAUGAGAACCCUUCAAUUGCUACCCAAUAUGGGAUCCGAAGCAUUCCAACCGUCUUAAUCUUUAAGAAUGGUGAGAAAAGAGAUGCAGUGAUUGGUGCGGUUCCAGAGUCAACAUUAACAACCUGCAUAGAAAAAUUCUUGUAGACUGCUGUCCAAUUGGAGUUCUACUCCCUGAUUUUGGUUAAUGGUUUGGAGCCUUUGGCCUUUGGAGUUGAAAUAUGUAAUGCAAUUUGAACAUUCGGAGAGGACCAUGACUUUUCCAUAGUUGAAUGAAUAUUCAGCGACUCAAGUAUAGUGUCUUAUCAAUUUGUUUGUUCUGGAAUUCUUUUUCUAGAGAUUGGGAGCAAAACAUCAAUUCCAUAUUAGGUAUAAACACAAAUGUUCCAAACAUAGCGACUCAAAUGUUAUGAAUUAUACCAUGUCUGAUGUAAAUUCUUUAUCAUGUUUAUAUGGCAUAAUCUUGCCUUUG